AAGAGGGGUCUGUAAAACGUCAGAAACAGCACAAAGACUUUGCCACGUAAUUACAGGCCCCUAUUAAGUCUCGAGCUGCCCUCCCUUGGGUCUCUAAUUUUCAUGUAUUCCCUGCAAAGUCUCCCCUGUGUGCCAGACUGGCCCUUUUGAAGUGCCAGAGAGCGGCUUGAUCCAACUGAGAGGGGUGGGGGAAAGCAACUGAGAGCGAGACCAGGGGAGGGCGGGGGGCUCUCUUGGACUCCUGAAAACCCACGUCUUCCUUUCGGUGAGAGUUAAUACUCGCGAGUACAUCUGCAAGACAUCAGCACCCGUGACCUGAAACCUCAGUCACUCCCGAGACUCGCCAGGAGCGCAAAGGGGGCAACGCGCUCUCUUGGAGAUGGUUUAAAGCCGGGACAAGCCUCUUGCUGCUGGUGCCUGCCUGGGAAUACGCCGCUUCUCCUGAAAGACACGUUUCGAUUCCUCUGCCCCCCUCCCCCAUCCCCUUCCUCCAUCUCUCUCUCUCUCUCGCUCGCUCGCUUUCUGUGUCACUUUCGCGUGAGAACUGGGCAGAGGGAGGCAGGAUUCUCCCCCUGGAACCUGCCGAAGGAAGCCCAGGGAGCGCCCCUGCUCCAGGGACAGCGUCUGAGAUUUUGGGGAGGGUCCCUUGUAUUCCCCCAUCUCUCUCUCUCCUGUUUUGCCUGCACUUUUCCUUUAAGACUUGGGGGAAACCAUGACUUCCAGCUAUGCCCACAUCAUGGAGAGACAGGCCGUCCUUGCCACCCGCUUGGAGAGCCCCAGCAAUCUGGACAACUUACAGGCCAAAAAGAACUUCUCCGUCAGUCACCUGUUGGAUCUGGAGGAAGCCGGAGACAUGGUGGCGGCUCAGGCGGACGAGAGCGUAGGGGAAGCCGGCAGAAGCUUGCUGGAAUCCCCGGGGCUAACCAGCGGCAGCGACACCCCGCAGCAGGACAAUGAUCAGCUGAACUCAGAAGAGAAGAAGAAAAGAAAGCAGAGAAGAAACAGGACCACCUUCAACAGCAGUCAGCUCCAGGCAUUGGAGAGAGUCUUUGAGAGGACACAUUACCCCGAUGCCUUUGUACGAGAAGACCUCGCACGCAGAGUCAACCUCACUGAAGCCAGAGUUCAGGUGUGGUUUCAGAACCGAAGAGCAAAGUUCCGCAGGAAUGAGAGAGCCAUGCUGGCCAACAAGAAUGCCUCCCUUCUCAAAUCCUAUUCAGGGGACGUGACUGCGGUGGAGCAGCCCAUAGUACCUCGCCCAGCUCCAAGACCCACUGACUAUCUCUCCUGGGGAACAGCCUCGCCUUACAGCGCCAUGGCUACCUAUUCUGCUACGUGUACCAAUGCUAGCCCUGCCCAGGGCAUGAACAUGGCCAACAGCAUUGCCAACCUGAGACUGAAAGCAAAGGAAUAUAGUUUACAGAGGAACCAAGUACCGACAGUCAAUUAAACACUGUCUCAAAGAAAGAGUAAAACAAAAUGACACCCAUCCUGCUUAGCAGUUUGCUCAUGCUGAAAAAAUAAACCCUGAACUGACUAUUGGGACAAAAGCAGGAGAAAAAUGAACUGCAAAUUAGUUAUGAUGUUCCUCUUUCAUUGUGGGAUAAUGCCACCACUUUGUGUCAGGUUUAUCGCUUCUGCUCAGUAUACUAUGAGCUUCUUCAGUUAAGGACAAUUCCAUCCUUGUUGUUUAUUUUAUACAUGACUGCAAAAGAAACCCUAUCAAUCCAACCUUUGAACUUCUCCCCUAGACUUUCCUGAGGUUCAGCACCGAGUCCCUCAUCUCCUGUGCCCCAGCUCACUCUAGAAAAGGGAAUUCCGAAGCCAAACCCCUCCGUUGUAUCCGCAUGAGAUCGAAGUAUCCUUCCAUCGCUCCAGACCAAGGCUGCAGCUGCAAAGUCGUUAUCAUUAGCCUCUGAGGAGGCUUUUUGAGCAACGCAGUGGGUUCCUCUAGUCCAGUUGCCUGAAAUGUUCAGCGUUUCAUUCACACCCAUCUUGAGUUUAGAACUUAUUCGCCUCUAUCUGAUUAUUUCUGGCCAAGCCUCUUUGAAAAGCCAAAGAAGAGAAGAUCCUUCUCAAGCUAGAGUGCGUGUCUGCGUGGGGGAGAUUGCUCGGGAGCUCAAAGAUUAGGACUUUGCCUUACGCUUCUUUCUAUACCUUAUGUUUUGUGCCACAGGUAAAGGUGUUGUCCAAACGCAUUUGUUUUAUAUAUACUGUAUAUAUUUAUAUAUAUAAGAUAUACAUGCAAGCUUGGUUGGUGUUUUUUAUUAAACAAAAUAAAAAUACAUUGAAAAUGUUCAGGAUGUGUGUGCUCCAGCCAAGUUCCUAUAGAGACAGAUACAUAUUGGAGUGCCAGAUUCCCAUUUAUGGUCGUAUGCUGCCCUCGAGCAUAGCAAUAAUAAAUAGCUUACACUUAGAACAUUUCAUCUCACAGAAGGCCACAGCACAUUACAAGCUGUCGGCCAAAUCCCCAUAUCUUUAGUCAGGCAAAACUCAGGAUCCAGUUGAUCCAAAUCUGGAGGUCAAUAUUCAGGGCUAGAUCAUCUCUUCCUAUGGGAAAACCCAUCUGACGAGGCCCUGGGGGAAGAAAUAUUGUGAAGUUCCAUUUGUGGAGUGAGUAGGGUUUGCUCCUCCAGAGAAGUGAGGACUCUGGCCCUCCAGCACUUCAGAUCCAGUCAGAUCUUGGGAAAUCCACCGAAGACACAGGACCAUCCACUGGGUGUGGUGCCAGGAGAUAGAGGGGGUUCUCCCACCAUGGAGGGAUUACACACCAAGGUAAGAAGCAGGAGCCAGUAGUGCUUUUUCCCCUGAAACACCCUCCCCCUUGUGAGACUCAGACAGGGAUGAGAUUCCUAUCAGAUCCCCUUCUGUACUUCCCCCCACAGUCUAGAGAGAGGAGGGACAACAUUAUGAAGCUGUCUUGGAUCUGUGCCUGGAAAGUUUCCCCCCAUGCAUACGUCCUGAGGGAAAGAUGAUCCCCUUGUGCUUUUACUGCUGCCAGUGGGGAUACGCCUGAGUGAAACCAGAGGGCCUGCUUCUGCCAGCCUUUCUCACACCGAGUAGCACUUAUGUACAGAAGUAGAGCCAUUGAGGGUCAGGUGCUGAGACCUUUGCUCACGCUGAGUAGAACUUUGCUCCUUGAAUGGCCCCACUGAAGUCAAUGGACUGUUCAAGGUACUACUCGAUGUGAGUAAGCAUUGGGCACUGAUCUGAUGUUUAUAUAUACACAGAGCAUUUCCCAAACAGUACCGUAGAUCUAUAUCUAGGUGUUGAAGCAGGCAUCUUUUGGCUGGAAUAUGGCUUUGGUCUGGCAAUAGGCCCCACCAUUCUAAAACCACGCACAGCCAUUUAAAAUGAAGGUGAAAUGUUACGUAGGCUGAAUAUGAAUUAGAAUUUAGUCCAAGCAUCGGGCUUAACACUUGCAAAAAGCAUAUGAACCAAGGGCCAGAUCCUCCACUGGUCUAAACGGGUGUCGCUCCCUUGACUGCAGUGCUGGGUUGAUUUGCAUGAGGUGAUGAGCUGGCCCCCAUGCAGCCAGGAUUUUUGUUGUAUCUAAAAGACGGUGCCUCCGUGUGCUCUGGCGUGGAUUUGUUCAGGACUGAAUCCAGGGGAUGAGCGCCUCCUGCUGAGUCACUAACACCAGGGUACAACUGUGCUGCCCAACCUUACAGGACAGUUCAUUUAGGAGUUCACAUGCCAUACUGGACAGAAAGACUUGCCUUCCCUCUCUCCGACUUGAGUAGAAUUUGCCCUUCAAAACAGAUCAACUUUUUAAGCAGAUUGGUCUACCCCUCUAGUUCUCUAUCUAACUCUGCUUAGCUUCUGAGCUCUAGCUGGCAGGGUCACAUGCAGUUGCGAAUGUCCCUAAGAGUUCUGUGUGUGGCAUGAGGAUGUCAUAAUACAGCCAGGCAUUGCCUAGUCGGCACCAGCAUUACGCUUCAAACUUCCCACCAUUGCAUCAAGGUUGUUGACCCUCAUGAUUUCAUUGGGAUAUUUGGUGGGGUUCCUAAAGCCACAGGUCCUGGAGUCACAUGAUUGCAAGAAAAUCUUAGCUUUCAUUUAGCAUCCCCCUACUGCACCCUGCAAAAUUCUAACCCUUGUGGUUGUGAAGAAAAGUGAGACAGUGUGACCAAAGUGUCACCUAAAGGCUCAAAAGUUAGACAGUAAGAAAAAUGACCCAAUAUUUACAGGACCCAAUGCCCUCAAGUUCAGGGUGGGGGACAAACCAGAUGACCACUUGGGGUCCCUUCCAGUUUUACAUUUCUAUGAAUUAUUAUUUUUAAGUUGAUAUUAUGAUUUAUUGGGGGUGGCUGACUCAUGAUUUUUGAUUACCUGGGGGAUGACACUAUUGUUACACUACCAAAAGUGCUGUUCUGCUGGUGACACAGCAAUCGACUACUACUGGUGUUCAAAUCACAGCGGGGCAUAGCCCUCAGAGCAGACUGAGGCAACACAGUGGUUAAAAUGUAUGGCAACAUACCUAUCUUAUAGAACUGGGAAGGGACCCUGAAAGGUCAUCAAGUCCAGCCCCCUGCUUUCACUAGCAGGACCAAGUACUGAUUUUGCCCCAAAUCCCUAAGUGGCCCCCUCAAGGAUUGAACUAACAACCCUGGAUUUAGUAGGCCACUGCUCAAACCACUGAGUUAUCCCUCGCCCCUGAAUGACUGUGUCUGGCCUACACUCAACCUCUGUCUGCUGUUACCAUCAGUCGAUGGUAGUGCAAUAGGGAGAAAUUUAAAGGAAAAAUGUUAGUGUAGACACAACCAAUGGGACUUAGAUAUGUGCCAGGACAAAGACACCCUUUAAUUAUCCACUCUUUCCAGCACCAGCCUACCGAUACAUCCUUGAAGGGGACAGGAAUAAAUUUACAAGAAAGUUUAAAUAUUGGAAAGCAUUUAAUGUUAUCUCCAGUUUUCUGAGGUGCAUUGUAUUAUCUAGCAGGGCACUAGGAGUUAUGACUCAUGGAUUGUGCUGCUGUGUCCACUGCCGACUCACUCCGUGACAUUGGCCAAGUUAUUUCACCUCUCUUGUGCCUGGGUCUCCUACUCUGCAAUAUGGGGAGACUAGUACUUACCUACCUCACAGGAGUGUUGUGAGGCUUCAUUUAUGGAGAUGUUCAGAUGAAAGGAAAUAGCUCAGUACAAAAUACUAUGUGGUGUCUUAAACUAUGAAUUCGGAGCUGCAUUUUCCCAGCAGAGAGAAAUUGCGUCCUUUUGGCUAACUGUGUUUCUGUGUUGGGGUUAAGAAGGGUGAUGGUUCAUCUUCACAGAACUCUUGAGAUCAAACGCUGUGUGGAGAGGUCCAAUCACCAUAGCAAACUUCUAGGAAAUGGCUCAAAGAGCUUCCUUUCUUUCUCGGCUUUUAAAUUGAUACUUGGGGUACUUUCAGCUCACCCAAUCCUGCACCAAGCAGAGCUUGGGGGAGGAGACUCACAUCCAAAUUAAAAGCAGGAACCAUAUCUUCAGCGUGUGUGUAUUGGCAUGGCUUUGAUGAAGUCAAUGGAGGACAGAUGCUAGCUGAGAAUCUGGGCCAAAGUUUUCAAUCAAUGAAUGCUGCAUUUUUGUGGUACCGUCUCCACUUUUUGAUACACCACGAGGCAUCUUCUGCAGGCAGAAAUCACUUUGAGACUCAGCAAAGGAAUCCAUUUCUUAUGCUGGUGGGAAAACAGCUCAGAAAGGACGAAUGUGCAAACUCCCGGGGCCAAAGUUGCCCAAUUUGUGUUCCCUGAAUUGUUGUGACUCUUAAACUGAGAUUUACCUGUAAAUACCAGGACUUAAUUAAGGCCUGAUCCUGUAAACACUUAUGCACAUGCUUAACUUCACUCUUGACAGUAAUCACAUUCACUACAUGUGAGUAAAGUUAUGCGUAUGUAUAAGUAUAUGCAGCAGUGGAGCCAUAGAAAUGUCUCCAGAUUUUGCCUUAUUAUUUAGGUGGCGAUGAUUUUAUUUUUGGUGAAGUCAUCCCGUCUGCUGGAUUCUCACCCUUCCAUUGGUAAACUUCCACCAGAUCAGAGUGGGAGUAUCCUGACGAGGGCCAGACAUAAAACCACCACAUCCAAAAGUGCACCCAGCACCCACCAGCUUUUGUAAAUAUAAUCCACGGACAAAGCUGAUCAACUGCAGGUUUUCAUUGCUGAUGAUUUCAACCAACAAGCGAUUUUCUAUUCAUCUACUCAGCAAAAGCGCAAUAGUGUGAUCACACGUGUUCAUUCUGUAUUUUUUAAAACUGUAUCAAUAUACAUGCAAAUUAGGGGCCUGAUUGUGAAGGCAUGAAACUCUCCACAGCUUUAGUAGAACUUCCAUGUGCACUGUGUCUGGGCUUCUUAGAUGUUACCUAAUUAACUCUUGGUGUCACAAAGUUUGGGGACCCAUACGGAAGAACAUGUUCAUGAGACGUAUCCCCCUCUGACACUCAUGGACAAAUACUGAUGAGCAACUCUCCACCAUUGGUCUGUCCAAAAACAAGGUGGUGGUGGACUGUAUGAAAUUUUAAGUGUGGGGAGGGGGAAUAAAAACACUGGGAAGAUGAUGGACAGGAACAAACACCACUGAGGGGUUUUGAGAUCUUGUGGAAAUAUAUUCUGUAAAGUAUAUAUUGCUUUGUGAUGUAAAAUAUACUAUGUUUGACUAGAAUAGAAAUGAUCAUUUUCAAUAAAUGGAGCCCCUGCCGCCCUUUC